UCUACGCAACGACAAUCUUUCUAAGACAGCCACCGACUGAAGCGCUGUUCAGAACAGCACGAUAUGAGAUAAAGACGGAUAAAGUCGCAAUGGACCCUUCUGCGUCUAAUGACUCUGAGGAUGAAAGUUCGGACUCAGAAGUUGUUUGUUUAAUGGGGGUCGGGAAGAAUUCAGACUGGCUUCGCUUGGUAGAAAACAUACAAGUUUCUAUUGGCCGUGGUUUUGGCGUGACCUACCAACUUGUGUCCCCAUGUUGCCCUUUAAUGAUCUCCAGGCUUCACUGCACUUUUUGUCAAAGGGAAGAUGGACAUUGGACAGUGACAGACAAGCAGAGUCUCAAUGGUGUGUGGGUGAAUGGGAUCCGCAUACCCACUGAAAAAGCCCACCUGCUUCAGCUUGGCGAUUCCGUGCGUCUCGGUGUUCCUAUCGUGGGAUCCAAAGCUGAGUUUGACUACAAACUUGUGAAGCGACCCCUCAGAGAAAUUCAACGCAAAUUGCUAAAAGGGCAGAAAACAAGCACCAAAGUAGCGAACGUACCUAUGAAAAGGAAGCUGAUUGAGGAAGAAGGGGAGCCAUCUACCUCAAAGACUAAAUUGUACCGCUGCUCGGACCUAGACAAGUCGGUGGCACAGCCAUGCCCGCUGUCUCCAGCCGAGCACCAAGAGUGUCGCAGUUGCGCCCAGCUGAAGGAGGCCCCUCCCAAACCACAUGUGGAAGACUCGGAGCGGGCCUGUGGUGGCUUAGAUGUCCCAUGUGACCUUGACAACUUGCAGAUGCACAUGUUGUUCCCUUUGACAUUAUAUUCUGCCUUGACAAAGACGACACAUGCCAGAACACCUCUCUGCUCUCCCUCUUGCAGAUAUAGCCAGAACAUCUCCAUGCUCAGGGAGCAGGUAGACAGCACACAGAGGCAGGUGACCUCGCUGGAAGGUGAGCCCCAAUCAGCCGACCCGUUUAGGGAGGAGCAGAUCAACCAGCUACAACGACAGCUCAAGACACUCCAAGCCAAGCUGCUGAAAAUGAAAAUGUUUGAGAGGUCCGUCCGUGAAACUAAGAAGCAACAAGAGCCUCAGAAGACACAGCAGCAAAAGGAGCUGAUGGAAAAGCAGUUAGAAAACACCUUGCAGGAGGUAAACAUCAUACAUAAGACACCAUCACCAACAACAGAGAGCAGAGCUGGACGCGGAAGGCAUAGAAGGCAAAACGUUCUGACAAAGUGUAAUUGGAUUCUGUUGGACAAAAACAAAGAACUCGAAGUGACUAAGGCGGAGAAGGAAAAGGCGAGGGCCCAAAAGGAGGAAGUUGUCACGCAAGUGACCACGACCCUGGAAAACGAGCUUCAGUGCAUCAUCUGCUCUGAGCUCCUUAUUGAGGCCGUCACCCUAAACUGUGCUCAUAGCUUCUGCUGCUAUUGCAUCAAGCAGUGGCGCAAAAAGAAAGAGGAGUGCCCCAUCUGCCGGCAGGCCAUCAAGUCCCAAACCCACUGUCUGGCGCUGAACAACUUCAUCGACAGCAUGGUGGAGAACCUAAGUUUGGAUAUGAAGAUCAGACGGCAGACGCUCGUCUCCGAGAGGAAAGGAGAGUUGUGCAUUAAAUCAAGUCACGAUGGAGCAGGAGCCGAAACCUCAACAUAAUCUUUUUGUUCUGCUGAAGGUUAUGACUUUUACAUACUUUCAAAAGUCCAAAAGGAAAUACCUGUCGGGAUGACCAAGACAUUAGUGAUGAGAAGGAAUACUGACAGUAAUACACUUGUGACAUCACAACAAAUGAGACACAAUGUGUAAUGACAGCAAGACCUUCAUCGUUGGUCAGAAUGUCAACAUCUGGAUGCAGACCACCCCUUCACCGCAGUGAAGAAAGAGUGUGUGAACUGCUGAAGGAUUAAGAACCCUCGAGCCGAUGUCCAUAACAGCAGCUUCUGCUCAUAGGACACCCAGAACUGGAUUUUCUUGUAGUCUUGUCUUGACAGUUGAUGCGCUUCUCCGGGAUGUUCCAAGGACGUUUUGGAAACAGAUCGAGUUAAGAUCUGUUUUUGUUUCUAGGAAAUAUGUUUGCAUGCCAAAAGAUUAAAUAGUUUCUGUUUGAGUAUAA